AGGUCUUGGUGCCAAGUGAUUAAAGCAGAAAAUGAGGCGGUUUUUGAGGCCUGGACAUGACCCAGUAAGAGAGAGGCUCAAGCGGGACCUUUUCCAGUUCAACAAGACUGUUGAACAUGGCUUCCCACACCAGCCCAGUGCUUUUGGCUACAGCUCUUUCCUCCACCUUAUGGCUAUUGGAACCCGAUCAGGAGCCAUCAAACUCUAUGGAACUCCUGGAGUGGAAUUUAUGGGCUUGCACGAAGAGACCAACACUGUUAUGCAAAUACAUUUCAUUCCUGGCCAGUGCCAGCUUGUGACACUGCUGGAUGACAACAGCCUGCACUUAUGGAACUUGAAACAGCAGCGGAACGGUGCAUCCGAGCUGCAAGAGAAAAGACACUUCACUCUCCGAGGACCUCCUGGUUCUCCUCCAAGCGCAACUCAGGUGACAGCGAUCCUCGCACAUUCCUCGCAAGAAUUCCUGUACCUUGGGACUGAGAGUGGUAAUGUCUUUGUGGUGGAACUCCCGUCCUUCAAAGUGCUAGAAGACCGGACGAUUAGUCCAGAGGUGGUGUUGCAACAGGUUCCAGAAGAUUAUCGAAAUAGACGGUCACUUGAAUUGGUAGAAUCCUUAAGGGAACAUCCCCAGAAUCCCAGCCAGAUCUUGAUUGGAUACAACCGAGGCCUGAUUGUCCUCUGGGACUUGAAAAGCAACAGAGCAACGCACCAUUUCCUUGGAAAUCAGCAACUGGAAAACCUCUUUUGGCAGAAGAGCGGCCAUCAAAUCAUCAGCUGCCAUUCUGAUGGGAGUUAUACUCAGUGGCCAGUUUCAAGUGAUGAUAGGAAGCCUGAGCCAUUGGAAAGUAAAGUGCCUUAUGGUCCUUUUCCUUGCAAGGCCAUCACCAAGAUCUACUGGCAAAUAGCAAAAAAUGGGCUUCCUUACAUUAUAUUUCAAGGAGGGAUGCCGCGGGCAAGCUACGGUGAUCGGCACAGCAUUUCUGUUAUCCAUGGCAAUCAGCAAACAGCCUUUGACUUCACAUCACGAGUGAUAGACUUCUUCAUCAUUGCCAAUCCCGAUCCACUUGCAGAGUUCGAUGAUCCUUCUGCAAUGGUGGUGCUAGCUGAGGAAGAGCUGGUGGUAAUAGACCUCAAGACUCCAGGCUGGCCUUCCGUCCAACCUCCGUAUCUUGCGUCCCUUCACUGCUCGGCUAUCACCUGCUCCCACCAUGUCUCCAAUAUCCCACUCAAGCUGUGGGAAAGGAUAAUUAGCGCAGGGAACAAACAGAAUUCUCACUUCUCAAACAUGCCAUGGCCAAUUGAUGGAGGUACCAGCUUGGCUCCUGAUCCUCCCCAGAGGGACUUGCUGCUUACAGGGCAUGAGGAUGGCACAGUGCGGUUCUGGAACGCGUCUGGCGUCUGUUUGAGCCUCCUAUAUAAGCUAAGCACUGUGAGGGUGUUCCUCACAGAUGCUGAUCCCAAUGACAAUAUGAACCAAAUGGGGGAUGAUGAGUGGCCUCCACUGCGCAAGGUUGGCUCUUUCGACCCUUACAGUGAUGACCCCCGGCUUGGGAUCCAGAAGAUCUUCCUGUGCAAGUACAGUGGCUACUUGGCUGUAGCAGGAACAGCAGGGCAGGUACUAGUAAUGGAACUAAACGAUGAAGAAGCAGAGCAAGUGAUCGACCAUGCAGAAGCAGACCUUCUCCAGGAUCAAGAAGGCUAUAGGUGGAAGGGUCAUGAACGGCUAAAAACCAGAGAAGGGCCUGUUCGGUUUGAACCUGGCUUUCAGCCAUUUGUCCUGGUCCAGUGUCAACCACCAGCUGUGGUUACAGCACUGGCUCUUCACUCUGAAUGGAAACUGGUGGCCUUUGGUACGAGCCAUGGCUUUGGGCUCUUUGAUCAUCAGCAGAAGCGGCUGGUCUUUGUUAAGUGCACCCUGCACCCAAGCGACCAGCUGGCUUUGGAGGGCCCUCUUUCCAGGGUGAAAUCCUUAAAGAAGUCCCUCCGUCAGUCCUUCCGAAGGAUCCGGAGGAGCAGGGUGUCCAACAGAAAGCGGCGAACUGCUGAGGUGCAAGAAGGAAUUCCCAGGUAUGACCAGGAUGCAUUACAAGAGAUAGAGUUAGCUCCAGUCCAGCGGAAGAUUGAAGCACGGUCUGCUGAAGACUCUUUCACUGGUUUUGUUCGCACUUUGUACUUUGCCGACACCUUCUUAAGAGACAGUUCUCGGCACUGUCCUUCCUUGUGGGCUGGCACCAACGGCGGCACUGUGUAUGCCUUCUCUCUGCGUGUACCUCCAGCCGAGAGAAGAAUGGAUGAGCCAGUCAAGGCAGAGCAGGCCAAAGAAAUCCAGCUCAUGCACAGAGCACCUGUUGUGGGGAUUCUUGUCCUGGACGGUCGCAGCACUCCUCUCCCAGAGCCCCUGGAAGUAGCGCAUGAUCUUUCCAAGAGCCCUGAUAUGCAGGGAAGUCACCAGCUCCUCGUGGUAUCUGAAGAACAGUUUAAGAUUUUCACAUUGCCAAAGGUCAGCUCCAAACUGAAGCUCAAGCUGACAGCCUUGGAAGGCUGUCGGGUGCGGAAGGUGACGGUUGCCAACUUUGCCAGCAACAAGGACGAGUACAGUGAGAACGACCUGGCUAUCCUGACCAACUUAGGAGACAUCCACAUCGUUUCCUUGCCUUUACUCAAAAUCCAAGUGCGAUACUCCUGCAUCCGCAAGGAGGAUGUGAGCGGCAUCGCCUCCUGUGUGUUCACCAGAUAUGGACAAGGGUUCUAUCUCAUCUCCCCAUCAGAGUUCGAGCGGUUUUCCCUUUCCACGAAGUGGCUGGUUGAACCACGCUGUCUGGUAGAAGCACCUGAAAACACUGUCAAUAACUACAUGCACAACAUGUCUGGCGUGGAGAAGGCUUCGAAGAAAUCUAACAGAGAAUCAGGACGGAGCUCUAGUGAACAAGACGGAGAUGAGAGGAAGUCUGGGAAGUUGAUGGAACAUGCCUUGCUCAAUGACGAGAAAGUUCUGAAGGAAAUCCAGAGCACUCUGGAAGGCGGAAGAGGGAGCUAUGGUGACAGAAUUUCAAGGAAAAUCCAGUUAGGACACAGACUAAGUAAUGGAGGAGGUAAGUGA